AGAACUCUUUUAACUCUACACUAUACAUCUAAAUCUCAAUCCUUUAGAGUUUGAUUUCAAUGAGAGUCCAAGAGAGACCACAUUUUCAAUAGUUGAAAAACCAACAACAAGAACAAAUAGAGAUGAAGAGAGGAAGAUAGAAAACAAGCGGAAGAGAUGAAGUCUUUCAACUUCGUAACAGAAGUUAUCUUCCUCUGUUUUUUUCUAACAACAAAGUUUAUUGCGAACGCUGAAAAUCAUUACUAUGACUGGAGUGUCAAUUUGUCUCUCCGUGCUCCUCUUGGCAUCACGAAAGAGGUGAUUGUAAUCAAUGGACAGUUUCCAGGACCAGUCUUGAAUGUCACGACAAACGAUGUUGUGACGAUUAACAUCCAUAAUAACUUGGAUGAUCCAUUUCUAAUGACAUGGAACGGAGUGCAACUAAGGAGAAAUUCAUGGCAAGAUGGAGUUCAAGGGACUAACUGCCCUAUUAAGCCUGGAAAAAAUUGGACUUACAGUUUUCAGUUUAAAGAUCAGAUUGGUAGUUUCUUUUAUUUCCCUACACUUCUCUUGCAUAAAGCUGCUGGUGGGUACGGUGCUAUUCAUGUCAACAAUCGCUAUGUCAUUCCCCUUCCAUUUCCGCGACCAUUUCAAGAUAUUGAUGUGCUUAUUGGAGAUUGGUUCAAUGCAGAUUACAGGUACUUGAGAGCUUCCAUUGAUGAAGGGAAAACUUUGCCCUUGCCUGAUGGAAUUCUCAUCAAUGGACUCGGACCAAAUCAAUCAGUUUUUCAUUUCCAACCAGGGGCUACAUACAGGCUAAGAAUUACAAAUGUGGGCUUGAAAACGUCCCUGAACUUUAGAAUUGAGGAUCAUUUGUUGCAGUUGGUGGAGACAGAAGGAUCUUACUUAACUAAGCAAUAUCAAACUAGUUUAGACAUCCAUGUAGGUCAAUCUUAUUCAGUUUUAGUCACCGCGAAGAAUCACACCAACAAUGGCAGAUCCUAUUACAUGGUUGCAAGCUCUCGUUUCACUGAUUCUGAACUGUUUGGCAUUGGUAUUAUUUGGUAUCCAGACUCUUUCGCGUACCCUUCUGGUCCUCUUCCUCAAGGACCAUCCCUAAUGGAUUAUGGCUUCUCCUUAAACCAAGCCCGAUCAAUGAGGUGGGACUUAGGAGUAGGAGCUGCUAGGCCAAAUCCUCAAGGUUCUUAUCACUAUGGAAGUAUAAAUGUGUCGCGGACAUUGGUACUUGAAAAUGCUGAUAUGUUUGAUGGAAGAAAAAUAGUUUAUACGAUCAAUGGAGUCUCAAAUGUGCAUCCAAACACACCUUUAAAAUUAUUAGACUAUUUUCAGAUCAACGAUGUGGUUAAACCUAUACUCAUUUCUGAGAGACCAUUUCCUGGACUCCUAGUGCAAGGGGUUUCAGUUAUUUAUGCUAAUUACCGUGACUUUUACCAUAUUGUUUUUCAAAAUCGUUUUGCUGAAGUGCAGACAUGGCACAUUGACGGUUACAAUGUAUUCGUUGUUGGAAUGGAUUAUGGAACGUGGGAUGAGAGUAAGAAAGAAACGUACAAUCUGAUUGAUGCUGUUUCUCGUUCUUCGUUUCAGGUUUAUCCGGCUUCAUGGACGGCAGUGAUGGUGAAGUUGGAUAACCAAGGAAUGUGGAAUCUGAGAUCACAGGAUGCAGUGCGGACAUACCUUGGACAAGAGCUUUAUAUAAGAGUGAAAGGCAUUGGACACGAAGAUCCAUCAACUAUUUCUCCAAGAGAUGAACUACCAAUUCCUCAUAAUGCAAUUUUAUGUGGAAAGGUUGCACACCUGUAAAUUAGGAUUUAUUUUUGUUAAGAUGUUGAUCAGUUUUAACUCGUUGAUAUAUUUUAGUUUAUAUGGUUUUUGAACACUCUGAAUUGUUAGAGAUGUGGUAAAACUUUUUUAUGUAUCUUACGAAUUUAAUGAGAGGUUAACAUUUGUUAUAAAUGAAAAUUUUCAUAUUAAAAAUUUA